AUGGUGAUUUUUAUGGCAACCUUUAAUGAACCAAAUUAUUUUAAGCCGAACCAACGAAGCUUCAUUUCUAUGCCUAUUGACGACUGCUUAAUGCUUUGCUUAAUGAAACAAAAUCUAGUUUCCUUGUUGUCGCAGAAAAAAAAGGCACAAUUAAAAUGUCGUAAAACUCCCAAUCAGGUGGAAGAUCUCAGGUCGAUCAGCAUUAGCACGACAUCACUUCUUAUUUGA